AUGGCUGAGACAACGAGGGAUGAAGAUCGGACCGAGGAAUACAACCGAAAAGGAGGUAGGAAUGUGAUUCUACUGGAAGAGGCAGACAUAUCAGAAGGUAUUAAGGCUUGCUCCAAUAGUCUCUUUGGCAGACUCUUUGCUUCCAAAACCUUCUCAGUUAGAACCAUGGAGAAUGCUUUAAAGGCUUUAUGGAAAAAUCCGGAAGGAUUUAGCGUGAGUGACAAAGGGGAUAAUUCUUUCCAAUUCUUUUUUAAUAAAGAAGUGGAUGUCUUGCGUGUUAAACGUAGUUCUCCAUGGCUAUUUAAAGAUUAUGUGCUCCAUGUCAAGAGAUGGAAGGAAGAUCAGAAUUGUGAUGAAGAGAAUAUUUCCAAUUUUCCAGUUUGGGUUCAAUUUUGUGGUUUGCCAGAAUUAUUUAAAGCCCUUCGAAGUUGGACGUAA